UAAUGUCCGUUACCCAGAAUGCCUCGUUUGUUGCGGGCUGAUCGAAGGACUGACUGCCUGGCUAGCUAGCUGGCUACUACAUAUGCCCUACUUUCUGUACUAGCUAUGCGUUUUAAUGUAAUAACUAACGUUAGUGAAUAGCCGAGUGAAACGAAUAAGAGAACUACAACACUGUGGUUGAUAUAAUUGCGGUAAUGCCUCUCUUCACGUCCAAUCCAUUUGAGCAAGAUGUUGAGAAAGCCACCAGUGAGAUGAACACAGCGGAGGACUGGGGCCUCAUCCUGGACCUUUGUGAUAAGAUAGGACAGUCUCGCUCCGGGCCUAAAGAAUGUCUUCGGUCGAUUAUGAGACGAGUCAACCACAAGGAUCCACAUGUUGCCAUGCAGGCUUUGACGCUACUUGGUGCCUGUGUUUCAAACUGUGGGAAGAUAUUUCAUCUAGAAGUGUGCUCCAGAGAGUUUGCCAGUGAGGUCAGCAACGUUCUAAACAAGGUCUGGAUAUUCGCUGUCAUUGGCCACCCUAAGGUAUGUGAGAAGCUGAAGGCACUGAUGGUAGAGUGGGCAGAGGACUUUAGGAAUGACCCUCAGCUCAGCCUGAUUUCAGCCAUGAUCAAGAACCUCAGGGAACAGGGGGUCACCUUCCCUGCUGUGGGCUCUCAGGCUGCGGAGAAAGCUAAAGCAAGUCCUGCUUUAGUGGCAAAGGAUCCAUCCACCUUAACCAACAAGAAGGAGGAGGAAGACCUGGCUAAAGCCAUAGAGUUAUCUCUAAAGGAGCAGCGAAGUCAGCCUGGGUCAGGGCUGUCUGGGUCUGGUUUGUACCCCAGCGCCUCUUUCCUCUCUUCCCAGAGGCCUGAGGGCAGGAAGGUCAGGGCCAUCUAUGACUUUGAGGCUGCAGAGGACAACGAGCUCACCUUCAAGUCUGGAGAGAUCAUCACUAUCCUGGACGACAGUGACCCCAACUGGUGGAAAGGAGAAACGUAUCAGGGAGUUGGACUUUUCCCCUCAAACUUUGUAACGGCUGAUCUGACUGCAGAGCCUGAGAUGAUGAAGACAGAAAAGAAGACGGUGCAGUUCAGUGAGGAGGUCCAGGUGGAGAGCGUAGAGCCUGAGCCUGAACCGGUCUACAUAGACGAGGAGAAAAUGGACCAGCUGCUGCACAUGAUCCAGAGUGCAGAUCCAACAGACAACCAGUCUGAUGCCUGUGAGCUGCUGCAGCUAGAGGGUGCCUGCAACCAGAUGUGUCCCCUCAUUGAUCAGAAGCUUGAGAGCACUGACAGGAAGCAUUCAGAGCUGUCAGAGCUGAAUGUGAAGUUGAUGGAGGCUCUGUCUCUUUAUGCUAAGCUUAUGAAUGAGGACUAUGCCAUGUACACAAAGCUACAGACCCAGCAGUACUACAUGCAUCAAUCUGCCAACACAGCACAACAGGUGUACCCGGGUCAGUCUGGAGGGUCCUAUGGGAUGAGCGGUCCAGGAGGGGUUCAGCAGGGAUACAGUGUUUCUCUGGAGCAGCUACAGACUGGCCAGCCAGCACCCAGUGAUCUCCAUAUGUACAUGGGCCAGCCUCCAGUCUACAGUCCAGCUGCAGAGGGCUUGUCCUACCAGCCUCCAGCCAAUCAGCCAUCCGGCUACAGCUCCAUCCCCAACCCUGGCCAGAGCCUUCCACACCCACCUGACACACAGCAGCACCCCUACCCCGAGAAGGCUCUUCUAUAGAAAACACUACGCAACGCUACGCCAUGCUACACGCUACUACACACCAUGCCACGCUACACCACGCGCACACGCCAUGCACACAUUACGCUACGCCAUGCUAUACGCCACGCACACACGCCAUGUUCACACUACGCCACGCUUCACACUACGCCACACACCCAUACUACAAACGCCACACACCCAUACUACAAACUACACACGUCACACACCCACACUGCAAACUACACAUGCCACACACCCAC